CUGCAUAUUCACAUUUGUGUGGCCGGCCCGUUCGCUAGCUACGUUACAUCAGUGUGUGGUCAGAAAUCCAUGUCACUGUGGAUGAAAGGGACAAGAGGCAGGCGGCCUCAGGCUAAUCCAAAUGGAGGAGUGAAACCUCGACCUUUUCGAAGAGCCCCGUACCCAGGGAGAGAGGAGAGAAAAGAAGCGCAUUCCGAAACAGAAGGCUAUGAGCAUGCUGAUCAACAACUGGACUACUCUGGUCCUGUGGACUAUGACUCGUAUGAAAAUCCCCAGCAUCAGCCUCUUCAACCGCAUCUACCACCUCCACCCACUGCAGGCUCUCCCAAGAUAUAUAAUCCAGGAGACUACCGCAAUGCCUUAUACCAGCGCUUUUACAAGCAGCUGAUGGGAGACGGGGUCCGACGGCCUCCCGACUGUGUGGUCUUGUCUGUAAACAACCAGAAUACGGAUUACGCAAAAUCACUAGGCCACUGUUUGCAGCAGCGUGGCCUUUCGGUGGAAAUGAUUUACCUGCAGGCGGAAUCGGGCCUGACACGAGCCCUUCAAGAUGUCCGCUCCAACGCUUCUCCCCUAUGUAUUCUUGUGGAGCAGACAAACGUAAAUCUGUCCUCGUGCACAGUUAUCAUAUUUUCAGAGUCCCUCAAAAUUCACCGAAACAUGCCCAAGGACCAGGCCAUGGAGUUUGUGACGGUGGAAUACAGACGAGUGCAGGCAGCACGGCGGGAUCCGGACCCUGGCGAGGUGGCGGCGCAGGCGGCUGAGCUAACGGAUGAUUACCUGGAGCGAUCGAAGCUGGAGCGCCACACCGUGCCCUCUGCCACACGCCACCUGCUCGUCCUCAUGGCCGAGGGCCUGCAUCUGUACCCAGAGGAGCUAGGCACGCUCACACAGUACAUACGUACGCGUCAGGACCAUCUGCAAGCCUCUCCCCCUGAACUGGACAAAGAGUCUGUCCCAGAACCUCUGAGCAGUCUGCCUGCUGGUCUGGGGAAGCCCCCUCCCCUUCUUCCUGCUCCCUCUGCCUCUGGACCUCCUCAAAGAGAGCGACCCACCCCACCUACAGGCAUGGAUGACCACCCACCUGUGCCACUGAUGGGUGCUAAAGGUUCAUACCCUAAGACCAAACCUCCUCCUCUGCUGUCAAUACACCAUGGCCCUCCUCACAGACCGCCAGCCCCUCAUGGUCCUCAUGGCCCCCUACCCUUGAGAGGGCCUGCUGUCCCCCAUGGCCCUCGUGGUCCCCCUCCCCCACGAGGGCCUGGAGGGCCACAUCACGGACCACCAAGGUGCUCUCCAUUGAUCCGUGGCCCUCCCUCACAGAACGGGCCUUUGGGCCCCCGUGGGCCCCCACCACCUCGGGGUCCCAGAGCACCCCCACCCUCACUGAAGAGCCUUCACAUGGGGAGUCCUCCUCCAGGUCCACUACCUCGACCCCCCAGACAUCAUCUCUCCUAACCUGCUCAGGACACGUGGCUCCACUUUUU